UAAUGACGCGGUGAUUCUGAUUACCGUGCUACUUUCGAAGUCGUCUGUUAAGAAAUGUGGUUCAAUGGUGCACAGCCUAAAACACACAUUGAGGAAGCUAAUCGUCAUCUCAACGCUUUAUCAACUAGGAUUAAGGAACUGGAAAUACAACUCAAAACUAAGGAGGAAGAGUUGAACAAAAAGGAAGAAGACUUCAACAUAGUUAUGCAGGAAGUACAUGUAAAACGUGAAACAGAAGUAAACAAUCUUAAUGAAUUAAUAUUUAAACAAAAUGUAAAACUCCAACGUUUAGAACGUGAUUUACUCAACCGGGACUCGGAACUCAGCGUUUUACGUAAACGUUGUCGUAUGUUUGAUGAAGUACUUAGAUACAAAGCUACAUUAGCGAAAUUGACUAUUACAAUGGAGCAAGCCGAACAGUAUGCAAAUUUAACAGCUAAAAGUUACCCAGUUAGUGCUAAUAGUAACGGUGUUAAGAGCCCUCUCGAUGUUAUCAACACAGAUCCAAGUCCACUUAUGAUACGAAAUGUUGGUUCAAGCACUGAUAUAACAGAAACUGAUUGUUUAAUUGAAGAAGUUGGGAAAACACUUAUCCAGUCUGAAGGUCAACGAACAAAAUCAUUGGCCCAUAUUGUUAGUAAUGGUCAGUUGUGAUUUUCUUUUGUACAUGUAUUCUUGUUUGCCUUUCUUACACUUUUCUAUUCCUUUUCACUGUCCCUUAAUAAUUGGCUCUAAAACUGGUUAUAUUUUAACACAAUAGUAUGCUAAUUAUUCCAGUUUUGUUUUUUCGAACAUUGUCUCUUAAUCUCUGUGAUUUGUUCUCUAUAAUGUACUUUAGUUUACACAUAAAAUUUUCAGUUAAAUCACACAUGCCUUAACUAGAACUUUGUGUGAUCACUUGAGUUGACUGUGAUAUUUUUCAAGAUACUUAACUUGUAAUUUAACGGUUACUGGUAGAGUUUUAUAACUGAAUGAUUGAUGGUAGUUGGAGAUGGAGGAAAAUUCAAAGGAAUCAUCAAUUUAGACUACAACUUGAUUCAAAUCUUAACACGAUUUAGAUUUUCGUGUAAAAACAUUGAGAUUUUAUGUGUAUAAUGAAAAAUUGUAUGUAUUACCGUUAUGGCCGCAAAUUAUUUCUUGUACACUGAUAAAUUGUAAUUUGUUGUCCACAUAUGAUUGAUAAGAUAGUUCAUUUUCUGUUAUAUAUAAGUUUUCAGUUGAAUGGUAAAUAUCAUCCCGAUAAACGACAGUAAAAAGUACAAUACGUCAUGCUUUUAACAUAGGUUAAGUACUGUGACCUCAACUGAUAGUAUGCACACUAUAUUAUAACCAAAUGGGUGUAAAAGAAAAAUGUACAAGAUAAAGUUUUGUACUAAUAAAGACUUCUUACC